CUUACGAUUACUUCAUGCUUAUUAUACUCUACAGGUGAAAACAUUGCCGACAAUGGUGGUUUACGACAAGCAUUCCAUGCCUAUAAAGAAUGGCUGACAAAUAAUCCAGCGGCUGCUGCUGAUGAGCGUCUUCCAGGUAUCAAUAUGACGGCAAUGGAUAAAAAAGAAGUGGGAGUUCCAAAAGUGAAACAACCACCGAAAAUGUAAACUGUCUAAGCUGUCGGAUGAAGCGUAUAUGAUGUCUGUGGAUGGCCAACUAAGUCAUGAUGACUAGUGAUAGUGAUGAUUAUGAUGAUUUUGACCCUGAUUUUCUACCUGAAGAUUAUAUUGAAUGUGGAGAAACUACUGACACAUCAAUAUCGCAGUGCUUAGAAGCAGUGCAGCAUUGUGAUACGAGCUCGGCCAUCUGCAAGUAUACCAAUUUAGCAUUAAAUGUUAACUCUAUAGAACAAGAAGAACCAGCUUCUACCAUAUCGGCCGGAGCAUCUUUCAAACCAAACAAACGACACCGAUCUCCGUUACCCGAAAUAGAAAUUUAUGGCCCUACAUGCACUCCCUCUCAUUGCGUCUUCAGCGGUAAAAAUUUAACCGACAUCGAUAUCAAAGAAUUUCAACAAAUUUUAUGGGAAAAAAGUCACUACAGUUAGUUGCAUAUCAAUGAAGUGACCUUUCGAGGAAAUAGUUCCCCACCACAAUCUAUAAAAACUUUAUAAACGCUUUCCUAGUGCUUCAAGUGCUUUUUAUCAACUGAAAUAGUCAACCUCAUUGUCUCGGAAACAAACCGUG